GCCAGACAUGUUUUCGUUUUCAUUGCGAUGUGUUCUCUUCUGUUGUGAGCAUGUGUGAUCUUGCUAUUUUUAUCGAUAGUUUGGAUCAUAGUUGUGUUACUUAUAUAUCUUGCAUUCGAGUGUGAACUGUGCCCUCCUAGGCGAAUGAAAUGUAGUUGUUUUGGUUAAUUUGUGUUCAUCCGUUGGUUUUAUUUUUCAUUUAUUAAUGUUAUUAAGCCUAUGUGAGACGAUAACCGUUGAUAAAUGACUAUGUCCCUCUCUCAGCGAGAUACUGUUAUCCAUUUAGUGGCUGGAGGGGUGGCAGGAACGGUUGGCGCAGUGGUCACUUGCCCUUUAGAAGUGGUAAAAACGCGCCUUCAGUCUUCUUCCUCAGGAUUCCAUAUCCAGCUUCCCAAUAUAGCAUCCCCUGAAGGGAAUGGGAGGCACGUUACCUGCCAAACUAUCAUGCCCUCUCAUCAAAGAAGAAAAAUAAACACCAUCUCUUCGAGGCAUGUUAACCAAAUGCUGGCAAUAUCCACGUAUGGUAUGCCUCAGUCCAAAGCUGUAGGAUUACUGCAAUGCCUUAGACUCAUAAUAAAAAAUGAAGGACCAAAAGCUCUGUUUAAAGGUCUGGGUCCAAACCUAGUCGGUGUUGCUCCGUCUCGCGCAAUUUAUUUUUGUGCUUAUUCCCAAGCUAAAUCAUUUUUCAACUCAGUUCUUAGACCAGAUACAGCUGUUGUUCACGUACUGUCAGCAUCUUGUGCAGGUUUUGUCGCAUGCUCUGCUACGAAUCCAAUCUGGUUUGUCAAAACGAGACUCCAGUUAGACUUUACGACCAGUGGGCAGAGACUGACAGCAGGAGAAUGCAUCAGGAGGAUAUAUCGCCAGUCGGGUAUACUCGGAUUUUAUAAAGGAAUAACAGCGUCUUACUGGGGUAUUUCUGAGACUGUGAUCCACUUUGUGAUCUAUGAGGCCAUAAAAGCUAGGCUAGUCGAUCUUCACUCUCUCCAAAGAACUGAAAAGACUUCCAGAGAUUUCAUGGAAUUCAUGAUGGCUGGAGCGUGUUCAAAAACUAUUGCUUCUUGCGUCGCUUAUCCACAUGAAGUGGCAAGAACCAGGCUUAGAGAAGAAGGCAAUAAAUACCACAAAUUUUGGCAAACUUUAAGCUUAGUUUAUAGUGAGGAAGGCAUUAGAGGCGUGUACCGAGGACUCGGAACGCAGCUUGUUAGGCAGAUCCCGAAUACAGCCAUUAUGAUGUCAACCUAUGAAGCAGUUGUUUAUAUUCUUACCACCUACUUUAAUUCUACGAACCAUUUUUAUGAGGAGCCAAGGGUAGUCAUUUCUGCUCAAGAAAGUGUUGGUGGUUAUCCUGAGUUCAGUUCUCCCGAGCCAUUGCUACCAAUACAAGAAUAAACGAAAAUGCUUUUAAGAGUUCACACUUAUGAACAUGAGCAUCACCCAGGCUGAAACAGAUAAUGAAAAUCUGUCCAUGUCUGAAAUUAAAACUACAAAUGAAAUGAAGAAAAGAAACCAUAAUGACCGAGAAAGGAGUUAGUAUUCUGCAAAACUGGGCAGUGCCAUUUGGCAAGAUGAGGGCUUUACCUCGCUCCGGUUGUCUUUAAAACUCCAAUUAGUGACCGGCUGGUCUUUUCUGACACCCUGCUUGAAUAAUCAAAGGCAAUACAAUUACAAAAUUAGUGGAGCUGAUCAUAGAAUAAUUUUAGAAUAAACAUUAUGUUUGCCUGCAAAUAUAAUAAUUAAAAGUUUGACAAUUGGGA